AUGGAAGUCGAAGAUUUCUCCUCCACCAUAAUCUUCACGCUUGUAAUACUGUCAAUAGUGGCUAUCUUUGCUGUACUUGGUAAUGGCUUCGUUCUCGGUAUCAUUGCUCGCUUUAAGAAGCUUCGCACCUUUCCAAACAUUCUGAUUUCCAAUCUAGCGUUGGUCGAUUUUUCCAACGCACUCAUCAACGGACCUUUAUACAUGCUUUGGGGUGUCUUGAAAGUCAAAUGGUUUACAGGGAAGACACUGGCGAUUAUCUCGCUUUUUCUGCUCCGCCUCUUUAUGUUCCUAAAUGUUGUCUCCAUGUUGGUGCUGCUGGGAAAUGCUUUUCUAGCGAUAGCACUGAACCUGAAAUAUUUCACCUGGAAGACCAUCGAAAACGCUUUGGCCAUAGUGCUGGGUGUGUGGAUGGUCUGUGUUAGCAGCGCGGUUGUCUCCUUAUAUCCUCAUUCUGAUACCGACCUUCAAGAUGCUUCUGUGUCCACAUAUCGUGGUGCUUUUAUGAAUCAAAGUAAUGUGCUUUUAACAGUAAUCGGCGCGUCGUUCAUCGUCAUUGGAAUAGUACUCGGCGUCAUGGCUUACUGCGCUAUUCAAUUGAGGAAACGGCAGGUAAGAAGACAGAGGUUAAAUUAAAUGGUCCGCUUUUAUUUUCGACGACUUUUGCUAAAAUCUUUAUAUUUCAUGCUCAACGGACGGUAGCACGUUAACCGUUAACUAUUUCUUCGCAUGUAAGAAGAAAAACGAAACUCUUCUCACAUGUAGAAUUUUUUUAUCAUUCAGAUAAAAAAGAAAGAAUAAGUAAAGAAAUGGAUUUAAGGAGAGAAAAAAAGUGGGUCACAAUACCACCUCAGAAAGUAAAGUACAGUGAAAGUUAAGAUAUGGCUGUAAGGCUGUAGCCUGCGUAGCUGGGGGUUUUGUGUUCAGAGCGCGCAAAUGAGAAGCAAAGCUGCGAAAGCGCGGGCGAACGAGCGCGGUCUCAUUCUCCUUGCAGCAUCGCGACACGCCAUUGCCCCCCUCCUAACAUAACUGCCAGCUAAGCAAGUUAGCAGCAAUCAUGUACAUUUCUCCCUUAUUGAGCGCGGUGUAAAACUAUAAAACGGGUGGCCUGACAUUGCAGGGGCACCCAACGACCGUUUUCUGGGAAAUGAUCUGAAAUGGCUCGUUAUGCAUCCUGGAGUGCUUUAAAAGCAAUAUAAAUGAAUAAUUCGCAUCGCUAAAAAAAUUUGAUCUGUUCGGUCGUCCUAGGAGUGGUUUGAACCUCUCGAAUUUUUUAGGGCUGUUUUUCGCCUUUCCCGAAAAUAUUAGCCUACAGUGAAAGCUUUCCGAAAACGUAAGAUUACCUGACGAGCUUUUGCCUUGACCGAAAUUUUUAGGGGUCCUUUCAAGUUUUCUCCGAAAACUUUAUGUAGUCUGAGAAUGUCUCCGAAUUUUCUAGGGCGACGUAGAAUGUAUAGAAAAUUCUAGGUGUAAAAGAAAAGGCAUUUAAGUGAUUUUAAAGCCAGUUGAAACGUCUAAUGAAUGUAUAGAAAAUUCUAGGUGUAAAAGAAAAGACAUUUAAGUGAUUUUAAAGCCAGUUGAAACGUCUUGUACCUGCCGAACUCAAUUCGCACGGCACUUGCCACUGACUUGCGGAAAAAUCUGAAAUACGGCAUGGCACUGACUGAUUACAACGCACAUUGAACGCAGUCAGCUAAGGCAGUUGGCAGAGUUGGGAUCAGUUAAAUGGAAAUUCCACACGACUGAUUCAACUCUUAGCUAAAUGCUGAUAACGUCAUUGCAAAAAAUAACAGACUCGAUUAAAAAGUGAGGAUGAUUUCUGAUCCGGAUUGUUGUGAUUUGGGGCUGUAUUUUGACUGGCUACUCGAGGUUAGGUUACUCGCGUGGUAUAGGUCUGAUAGGUCACUGAUAGGCGGCGAGGGUGACUGCCGCUAAACUGCUAGCUGCUGUUAACAAGCUGAUUACUCCGGUGAGCUGGAUUUUGACAUCCGAGUGAUUUUUUGGUUGUCGACAAUCAGCUCAGGGAAUCAGCAGGACCGUGCACCGACCCGUGACUUCGUCUCGGUCAAAAUACAGAAUAUACAGCACAGCUGCCAGCUGAAUAUAUUAUCCCCAAUCUAGCCCCAGAAAGCCUGUAUGCAACAGAUAACGGGUCUGUAUCACCCACUCAUCACCCUGCAAAUUAGGGUCACCGAACAACCAAAAAUUAAAGUUGCCAGCAGUAGUUUGCCCUUGCUCCUCGCCCCCAUCCCCCUCCCCACACACCCCCCAGGUGGCGAUGAGCGAGCACAGAAAAAAAAAAACAGUGAAAAAACGUCUGUUUUCGCGGGCUAAAGUUCACUGAAACGCUGAAAGUUUCCUAUUUUCUACACAGUUAACUGUAACUGCAAAUGUCAGAAAUGUGACUUUAUUAAAAUUCGGUAGAUCAGAUACAUCAGUGAUACAUGCGCAGCGAGAACAGUGCUACAAUAGCGUUGUCUGGUUUAUCCCACCGAUCCCUCCCUCCGGUAGUCAUGCUGCGAUACUGUCCCGAGUACGCGUAACCGGUAAGCCUGGUACCCUCAGAAAAGGGUCGUUGGGUUUUAAAUCAGUUGGGUGAAAUUUUCGCUAAUGAGACGAAGAGACUGCCGGGUUUAAGCUCUAUUCUUAGUUUACGAAAGCUACGAAAUUUCUAGGUGCCGAAAUCAGAAUGUAGAGAUUACUACGAAAGCUACGAAAUUUCUAGGUGAUCUAGAGAUUACUACAAAAUCCGAAAUUCUUAGGUGAACAAACCACACAAAUCCCGAAACUCUGAGCCCUACGAACAGUCACCACGAAACAUUUUCGAAAUUUUUAGCUGUUCUUGGGCUCCCGAAAAUUUUAGCCAUUCUAGAGGGCUCCGAACAGAUAUUUCCCCGAAAACGGUCGUUGGGUGCCCCUGACAUUGCGGCAUGAAUACACAGCCCGUACUGAGAUGCUAUUGAAAAAUUCUGAGCAACUUAGAAAAUGUAACGGUUCGGGAUUCCAGUCCGCCGGGAUUACGUGAAACUGAAAGCAUGUUUCACAUCUCUUCUCCUUCUAGAGGGCACCCAGUAGCAUUCAAUUCUUAUAAGUUAUCUAAAACCUUUUUCACUUACAGAGAAAGCGGCUCAACCUGCCUCGACUACAAAAGGACGCCAGACAGCAAAUGGAUAUCAAAGCUGCCAAAACCAUCUUCAUUGCUGUACUCGCAUUCCUUGUAUGUUACAUACCGCCCGUUUGCGUUGUAGCCAUCUUGACUCGUGUUAAGCCCGAAUCCAAUGGCAGAACUUUGCUUGGUCACUUUGCUUACCUUGCGAUGCUCAUGUCGAGCGGGAUUAAUCCUAUCAUCUAUUGUUUCCGAGUCAGAAGGUUUCGUCGCGCACUGAUACAGCUUUUGAAUGAUCCCUGUGGAAAGACUCCUUUCCAAGAUUCCGACCAAAAGCUACGAUUCAAACACAAUGUUCCAAAUCAGAAUGCAAGGAAAAUGGGUUUCACGGUACGAAGGUUCGAAAAGCAGAAAAAGGCUGGAAUUGAGGAUGAAGUAUGUGGAUUAGACGGCGUACCUUAUCUGGUCAGGGCUUUGUCACCGCAAAUUGACCAAUCUGAGAACAUCCCACAGUUAACAUGGGUGGAGAACCACCCCAGAAACUGCGCAGGGACAUGCUCCGGGGUUGAGAGUCCAGCACCCGAAGCAGACUACACACGUCAUGUAGUCACAGUGGAGGUACACCCAGUACCUUACAACAAACCACUAAAGCAGAAAGUAGCGAAAAAGCCAACAUUAAGUGAUGAUUACCCCGCAAAUGAUCACCUUGUCUGUAUUUAUUCAUAUCCAAAGGACCAACUUUCAAAACGAAAAGUCCGCCCUGAGAAUGACAUGUACGUUAAGAAUCAAACAGCGCAAGAAUUCACCGCAGAGGAGGGCAUUAGUCUCCACAAGGAAAAACCAACAAACCACACAAUUGCACAACAUCUUCCCACCAGCGCAGACUGUACAGAUCAACUCACUGAAGAGAUAAACGUGGAACCGAGGGAGAGGCCAUCAGACCAGAAAAUGAUAGAAAGUCCAACAGUCAAUGCUAAUUCUAUUGUGUAA